AUACCGCCCACACUUAAGACCAAGUCCAAGGAUAUAUACACCCUCUCUACCGACAUGUACAAGUUCAUCUUCCUCGUCUGCUCCGCCAUGCUGCUCAGCUAUGUCCUGGCCAGGCCACAGGAUCUGCGGGCUGGAGCUACAGCUCCCACCAGCACCACCACACCGGCCACCAUUGUGAAGCAGGAUAACGUGAACAAUGCCGAUGGAAGCUUCAACAGCAGCUACGAGACCUCCAACGGAAUACGCGUGGAGAACAUCGGCUACCUGAAGAAGAUCAUCGUUCCCAAGACGGAGACCUCCGAUGGCCAGGUUAUUGACGAGCACGAGGAGCUGGUCCUGGUCCAGACUGGAUCCUACAGCUACAGCGAUCCCGAUGGCAACCUCAUCACGCUGCGCUACGUGGCCGACGAGAAUGGAUUCCAGCCGGAGGGAGACCAUCUGCCCGUGGCACCACAAUAGUUUUACCAUCCAUUAGCCCCCAGCUCCCGAUAAUAUUUCGCUUGAAAGUAUUAUGCACUGCCUGAAUGCCAUACGAAAUUGAAGUGUCUACAUUCCGUAGUUAGUCUUAAGCAAACACACACACACCGAAUCGCCUGCAAAGAGAGAAAUAAAUAUUGGAAACGAUAAUGAAAACGACAA